UGUUGCUGUCCCCGUCGCGUCGUUAUUCCUUGUUUCCUUUGGUCUCUGCGACAAUAUUUCUUCUCAUCUGCAGAAGAAGUCGCGAUGUUGAGAAUCUGGAAAGAAACAUCUAGUGCUAGACAUCCAAGUCCUAACUUGAAGUGCGACAUGAAUCAGGAUACCCAGUCGUGUGAGGCUGGCGGUGACCGGCCUGGUUUAAAUAAUAGCGCAUCGGCUCCCCUAGCCACCGAUGGUGUUGUCCUGAAUCGUGCCAUGCUCCAGGAUCCUUCUCUAUCUUCGAGACCAGUACUUUGUGCGUCCGACAUUCGUCCUCCUGAGGCCGUCAUUCUCUAUGAUGCACUUUUGCCAAACGCAGAAUCGAGAUUGAUGGAGGCUCUCCACGAGAUUGAUCCAGAGGAAUCUUCUUUUGCAAGUACUUUUCGCGCUGCCCGCUAUGCUCUGGCCGAGGUUGGCUUAUGUGCCAGUGAUCUCGUCUGGCGCAGGGACAUUAGAGAAUAUGCCGCCCAUAGGAAUGACGAUGACGACCCUGUUUUUGAGAUCGCCAACAAAAUCUGCGAUCUGGUCAAAAACUGGGUGUUCGCCAUGCCGAACUUGAACCUUUUCUCUAGAGGCUUCAAUGUGACGCCCAAAUUCGUGCAGUUGAUUCAUGUUCUCAAAUCAUGUGGAGCUUACGGGGACAAAUUCCGUGGAAUCGUCUUGGCCCAACGCCCCGAAGUCGCGACAAUUAUGGUGGAUAUCAUGAGGACCAUGAUCGAUGAACUGGGUUUCAUUCGACCUUACGCUGUGGUCAGCGAACUCCUUGUCACUGAUAGUCAUGAGCAGCGCGAUUUGCUCGACAACUUCGCGAGUGGAAAGUAUAACCUCCUCAUUGUAAUCAAAACCUUGCAAGAUGUCUACCUUCCACGCGCCCAUGUCGUUAUACGAUACGACUUGUUCGAAAGCCAACUUUCCUAUGCAUUUGCUUGCGCGCAUACAUUAGUGCCUGAUGGACAUCUCAUCCAUAUGGUGGAGAAAGGGAAUGACCUACAUCGCCGAAUUCUCCAAGAGUAUAGCGGUCCAGCAGUUGAUGACAGGUGGAUCAGGGUAGUCUUACAAGGGGGAAAUUCGCCAGUUCCAUCUUGUCCAUUGAAGGAAACAGGCAACCCUUACCGGUCGGAGGAAGCGACGACUUCCAGGCAAGAGAUCUCGAUAGAAGACUCGGUUAAUGGUGGUCGAUUGUUUGAAGACGAUGCCUUGUUUGCUGUUUUCCGCAUCGCUGCGAACCUUCAGAGCAGCAUUACAACUCCCUCUCGACAUCCGCUAUUUGUUGUCCAUCCCAUAUGCACAUCUAGCAUGGGUGGGGUUCAACAAUUUGUGUGCACUGUAACACUCCCGCCUGGACUGCCAUUGCAGACGAUCCAGGGUCCUCCACGCUACACACCCACCCAUGCGCGUCGCUCAGGAGCCUAUCAAUUUUGCCUACGAUUAUUUGAGCUCAGCUGUCUGGACCACCGCCUGAUCCAUACCCCGCAUCGGUCUGGCGACAAUGGCUACACAAAUCCUUCCCUAUUGAUGUCAGAUCUAGUUUCUGGAAAUAGUUGCUACAAGCGAAAAAGACCAGACUUCUGGGUCAACUCAUUGCGAAUUGCUGAACAACGCCUCUUCCCUGUCAUCAUUUCUGUAGGCAAUCCAGAAGGCCCAUCCGAACCCUAUGCGCCUAUCGUUCUUCUAACUCGUCAACCGCUACCUCAUCUGGAGCCCUUCAAAUUGUUCUUCUAUGGCGUUUUCGCCACCGUCAAGAAUGCACGGGUUCCCGCUCUCACUUUUGAUAGCGAACGUCUCACUGACCUUCACUCUUAUACGCUCCGAAUUUGUCGCACGAUCGCCAACAAAGCAUUUGUAUGUUCGUUGGAAAAAAUGGCAUACUUUAUCGCACCUCUACUUCCCUCCCAAGCCAAGGAUUUAUCGUAUUCCAAUAUGACCAACCUACAAGAUGCUAUCGACUGGCAAGCCGUGGCACAAGCCAAUAACAACUAUGUCACGCAUUUCAGUUCUAAUAACUUGCGAGACGCAAGCGAGUUUGAGGAUGCAGUCAUCCAGGAUAGAUUAGUCGAGUUCAGUCGACGAUGCUAUGUUGUCCGUUUACGACCGGAUUUAACACCAAUGAGCAAACCCUCAGACAGCCUACGCGAGGCGGCAUAUGCGAACAUUCUGGAGUAUUGCAGAGCGCAUCGCAAAGGCUUUCAAGGCCUCCAAGAUAACAACCAGCCUCUAAUAGAGGUAUCCAAGGCUGCCGCCGUGCUGAAUCGCCUAAAUCCUGUCCAUAAGCCGCUUGUAGAGACGAAUAAGACAGGUCCAAAAUAUCUCAUUCCAGAGCUCUGUGGCAAGUGCACAAUUCCAGCGAGCAUAUACCGCACUGCGUUACUUCUACCAUCCAUCACUCGACGAAUCGAUGAUUUCCUGAUCGUAAAGGAGCUCAAUGCACAGUUCUUCGAAAAUAUGAUCCUGGAACAACAUUUGCUGUCAGCCGUCUUCGCUCCUUCUGCGACUUUCGAAACGGAUUACGAAAGGUUGGAGCUCCUUGGCGAUUCAUUUCUGAAAUAUUUCAGUUCUGUUUAUGUGUUCGUCUUCAACCCUGCUUUGAGUGAGGGCGCAUUGCACAAGGCACGACAGAACAUUAUCAGCAACAGGGUGCUCACGCAGUGUGGUCUUUUGAUUGGUCUGCCAUCAUACAUACAGGGAAAGACGUUCAGUCACAAAUUGUGGCAACCUCCGAACUUCACGGUUCAGGACAUAUCUUCGCAGCAUCUGGGGAGGACUAACGAUGUCACGCCGCCAAGUGGUAAUGAUGGGAUAGCAAUUGACACCAAGACACAGGCUCCCGUCAACGAUACCAACGUCCCUAUCAUACAUUCGACCUCCCAGUCAAGGACGAAACAUAAGGCCCCUGAUGAUAACAUAACACAGUGGCUCGGAGACAAGACGAUCGCCGAUGUCGCAGAGGCUAUCAUAGGAGCAGCUUAUCUUUCUGGAGGCCGCGACGUUGCGCUCAGAGUGAUCAAGGCCCUCCGAUUACCUGUCGCUCAUAUUGAACAAUGGGAAGAUUUCCGCCGGAAAGCUCUUACUCCCCCUUCAAAUGUCACGCCAAGGCUCCGCGAUGGCACUCUUUCGGCAGUGGAAGGGAUUAUUGGAGCUAGACUUAAGUAUCCACACUUGCUCUCUCAAGCUCUGACUCAUGGUUCAAUUCUUGGAUACGAAAACACGUGCUAUGAGCGGCUUGAAUUCCUUGGCGAUGCCGUUCUGGAUUUUCUGGUAGUACGACAUGUCUUUAACAGGGAUGACCAUAUGUCCCCUGGAGCGAUGACACUAUUGAAGUCCGCUAUGGUGUCAAAUUCAACAUUGGCAGCGGUUUGCGUCCGGACUGGGCUACACGAGUAUCUUCUUUAUGAGUCGUAUGCACUUGGAAACAGCAUUCAGUCAUAUGCUGAGCAACUGGAGACAAGGCGCCAGGAAGAACAACAAAGGGCAGUCAGGGAUGGGAGGCCUCCAGGGCAGUACUGGCUUGAUAUGGAGCCACCCAAGAUCCUUUCUGAUGUCGUAGAAUCGAUCAUCGGUGCACUUUAUAUCUCUGACGGCUUCACAUCUGACGGCGUGGAAUUAAUGUUCAAAAAAAUUCUCGAGCCUUUUUACGACCAACAUAUCACAAUCAAGACACUUUCGCAUCACCCCACCAAAAUCCUUUUCGAGAUAAUGCAAGCUCAGGGUUGCCAGCAGUUCUCCAUCGAGAAAGAAAAACUAGGCGAAACUCACGGAACUCGCUGUGACGUUAUUGUUCACGACAUCAUCCUAGCAAGCGCCACAGAGUCGACUGGAUAUAUAGCAGGGCGCAUGGCGUCAACUACCGCUCUCGAUGCAUUGGAGGGAGACCCCAGCUUUAUGGCACACAACUGCAGCUGUAGAAAUCGGACACAAGUGGGAAAGAAAGACUACAAGAAUAGGCUGGAAAAAAUGUUGGCUGAUCUUGAGGAGGGGCAGGACGUCACAACUGAAGAGGAUUCCGGUGAAGGCAUGGAGGUUAUUUAGUAACUGCUAGUGGCGUUCGCUUUGAACUCUGAUUCCUGGUGUAGGUAGUGACAAGACGCAAACGCUGUGUUGUGUAUCGAAUGCCCUACACACGUCUAUGCUGCACCAGACUUGUUCAAUUGAAAUUUAGCAGCCGCGAAAGGAAUGCUGAAUCCUACUGUCAGGAAAGCAGUGAGCUUGAUACCGAACGCCAAUCGUUUCUUUCCAGGCCACUGGAAUGGCAAGUGAUGAUAUUCCCCGUGACCAUGCACAAAGCGUGCAGGAGAGGCAACGCGAGUGCGCGCGACUUGUGCACGCAAGGAGUGUGGUGCGCGGGCGAGCAUUGGAGAUAUGAGGGCAGUGAUGUUGAGUCGAAGAGCUUGAGUGCUAAGUUAGUUAGAACUCAGAAGGCC